AUGCGCGUGCGGCGACGAGCAAACGUAGAGGAGACAGCAGCGUCCCCAGACUCUACUGGGCCUCAACUGAAGGCGGUGGGAGCGGUAUCACCACUGACAGCGGCUAGCGCGCCCGUGCGCGGUGCUCCUGCGCAGAGCACGCACGCACUCAAACCGAAACACGAACACGUCCACCGGCCAGUGGACAACCAGCCACCAGUACAGAAUGGAGUGCGUGAGUGCAACAGCAGUUCUGACGAGAACAGGUCCUCAGGCCAUGCAUCUAUGUCGGACAGCGGCGGCGGGGGAGACACGGCACGAGAAGAGCCGCGUCGAACCCGGCAACCACCCCAUAGCAGAACCAAACAUCGGCCACACAACAAAUGUCGCGAAGACGAUCCAAUUCAACCAUCCACGGACAGUCAUCAAACUGUUUGUAUACAGUUACAGUCACCGUGGCCGGGGGGCGGCGGAUUGGAGGACAUCAGGUCCGCGAUCAAGCAGCUGACGCUGCGGUCCCGCGACAGCAGCAGCACCGCCACUAGCGGCGCGUCCAGCGGAGGCGGCGGCAGUAACAACGGAGCCACGGAGACUGGCAGCGCGGCAGAAGCACGCCGCCGACGCGCGCCUCUAGUGAGACAGCCUUCUCUCGACACCGUAUGCACCAACGUCACCAGUGCUGACGAGUUCGUCUGGGUCGACUCACAUAACAGGUUGGUUGAACUCCGCCUUGUUCCUUGGACAGCUAGUGAAGUGAGCCGCGCCUUGCAAGUGGGCCGGUGUAAAGAAAUAGCCCACAAGAUGGCCCCUGAUGCUCCACCAAGACUAGCAUAUUUAUUGCAGAGGGCGUUAGUGAGGAUAUCCAGGGAAGCGCAACGUCUCGCCCAGAACUUCGGCUUCUGUUCGAAACACGAGGUGGCGGGAGCCUUCAGGAUUGUACUCAGCACGCCAUUAGCUGAUACUUGUAUUAAGGGUUGCCAGCGUGCCGCCACGAUGUACGCAACGUCCGGUAGCGCAGCACGGCGUCUAGGUUCAGCUGCACGCGCGCGCACAUCCCUUGCGCCCGGACGUUUCCAACGCUGGAUGCUCGACGUGCGCGUCGCUUCCUUUGUGCACGAGUAUGCAGCGAUCUACUUGUGUGCUGGUAUGGAGACACUAUUAGAAGAGAUAGCUCUAAUUGCGGGUAGUAGUGCUGGAAACGGACCUAUUACUCCUGCGGCAGUAGACCACGCCGUCGCAAAUUGUGCGGAUCUGUGGGGUCUGCUACAGCCCUACAGUCAUUUGAACGCUGGCAGGGUUGCUUCUGGUGCAUUAUCACUGUCGCGUUGGGAGUCCAUGAGCUCACUGGGCUCUGGUUCUUCAUCAGGGGUGUCUCGACCGGAGAAUAGACAACUCGGACUCAGCCACGACUCCGGCAUCACAACCAAUGGGUCCGGCGGGUCGGGCGGAUCAGGCACUUCUGGUGCAUCAGGUAGUAGUGGAUGUGCUUCAGUGUUGCUGACGACUUGCGCGGGAUCGGCGGCUGAGUUGCGCACGGUACUGCGUCGCGUUCCCCCACGCUCGCCCCCCCUCUCACCAGCUGCUGAACGGGCACUAUACUACUUUAUGCGUUGUUCACAGUUGGAGCACAACAGCAGCGCCUCAGGUGGCAGCUGUGGGGCAGCGGGGCUGUGGGGGGAGCGGGGGGCGGGGGCGCUGCCACCACUAGGAGAGUGGGUGCGAGCGGUACGUGCCCACGCGUCGUUACGACCUCCACCCGCCGUACCCGAUGCGGACGAUGUACUUCAAGCCGCCAGGUUGUUGCUGCCGCACGCUGACUGCCCACCAAGACCGAUCACUAUUGAGGAAACGAUAGAGCCGGUUUGGUCACGCUGCGCCCGUUCAUCAGACGAGCUGAGUAAAGUAGCGCUAGGGUUGGCACAACGCGCGCUACUAAGCGGCAGGCCAGAGCUGGUUGGAAGCGUGAGGUCCCUUCUGCCAUCGGCAGGGCUCGAUGCUGCCGAUCCAGCAGGACUCACCGCCUUAAUGAAAGCGGCAUUGGCUGGAGAUGACCAGAUUGUAGCUAUGUUGCUAGAGGCUGGUGCGGAUCCGAACGUUGAAUGUGGAGGUACGUGUGGCGCACACUGCACAUUACCACUUUCGCCGCGCACUCCGCCCGCUCACACACAACCUGUCUACACACCGCCCACUGCUGGCUGGACGGCAUUAGUGUUCGCGUGCGCGGGUUCAGGUGCGGGUGGGGCGGGGGGAGGGGCACUAGAAUGCGCGCGACGACUCCUGGCUGCCGGCGCACGAGUCGACGGCGCACCUGCCAGGGGAGAUGACGUCUGCACUCUCACCCCGCUACAGGUUGCAUGUGGUGUCGGCAAUCUGGAACUGGUACAACUGCUGUUGUCUCACGGAGCCGAUCCGUUCCUUUCUACACAACUCAACGAUGCAUUAUGUUAUUCGGCAGCCGCACAAUACGGAUGUUAUAGCGCGGUGGCGGUAUGCUGUACGCAUGGUAGACGGGCGUGCCUCCGUGCGGCGGUGCGGGGCGGCGCGAGGGGCGCGGGCGCGGUGCUGUCACUAGAGGAGGUGCUUGCAGAGGGCGCCCUCCCCGCCCCUCGCCCCGCCCCCUUCACUAAGCAGCAGCAGCGCGCGCUACACGACGCCAUGUAUUGCAGCGCUGAAACUGACCAUCUAGAUAUAACUUUAGAAUUACGCGCGCUUGGUGUACCGUGGUCUCUGCAUGCUUGGACACUAUCGCUGGCGGCGGCAGCUGACGCUGCUCUAGAUCACGUCAUUGAUCAGUUGUUACAAGAUUUUUUGCAGGUCUGUCCAUCCGACGACAGUCAUUACAGCAAGCAGUUUAUUUAUGAGUGCCUCCCCCUGCUGUUUAACAUACUGAGAUACAGCAAGAAGGAAGGCACGGUGCUAUUGCUAGCGGACAUCCUAUGUGCGUGCUAUGGCUGGGAGCCAGUGCCGACUGUGGUGGAGCCGCCACCCGCCGCUGCGCCACCCGCUGCACGAGUCGACCCAACCUACGUCAACAAUCCCUCACUUGCUGACGUCACCUUCAGAGUGGAGGGUCGUUUAUUCUACGGACACAAGAUCGUAUUAGUAUCUGAGUCACCGCGACUACGCGCUAUGUUGGCACCUCCACGACAGUCCAACGAAGGUCUUCCGUCCAACAAUACUGCACCACCCCUUGUACAAAUCAACGAUAUUAGAUACCAUAUAUUUGAGCAAGUGAUGAAAUACCUGUACUCUGGUGGAUGCUCCGGGCUGGAGAUCCCGGAGUCAGACGUGCUCGAAGUGCUGGCAGCGGCGUCUUUCUUCCAGCUGCUACCACUGCAGAGAUACUGCGAAGCACGCGCUGCGAGCACCGUGGACCUGCAUAACCUCGUCUCCGUAUAUAUUCAUGCAAAGGUUUAUGGUGCGACUCAGCUGCUCGAAUACUGUCAAGGAUUCUUGCUACAGAAUAUGGUGGCGCUUUUGACGUAUGAUGACUCAGUGAAACGCUUACUAUUUGGAAAACGCCUACCAGGUCACAAUGUGCUAGGUGCCUUACUCACUACGUUGCAGAAACGAAUCGAAAGCAGGAAAAGUCAAGCUAAAUCUAGCAACAGAAAGCAAUUUGGAGUGUUAGAAGAAAAAACAUCGGCUACUACUGGUAGCCCUAAUUGUCGAUUUCACUACGAGGGUCAAACUGAAAGUUCUUAG